GCUGAUAAUCCAUAUAUCCUUUGUUGCCUACUCAUUUAGUUGCUCUGUCUACUAGGCCUGAUAAAACCUGUAGAAUGGAAAAUAGUCUAGCAGAUCACAACCGCCCACUCACUGCGGUUGCGGUGAGUUGGUCAAACUCAGGGGAGGGAAAAUCAACCACAGCACAACCAACGCUGCCCAACUGGCAACGACGCCAGGCUUACACCGCAUUUCCUGCCUGUGGGCUGACGGGCGACGGGUCUACCCCCCGGGACAUGGAUGGCGACAGCCUAGCACUGUUUUCCGCAGGAACUCCAUCCACCUGGCGCUCCUUCUCGGCUCCCCACGGCCCAAUGGCCAGCGAUGCAGAGACGUUUGAGCUAAACUGGGUUUGUUUUCUUUUACCGCACCCCCCUCUCCCGCUUCGACCACUGCUGGGGCUGAGUUGGCCGGGCGCUGUGAUUACCUUUUCAGUCAGCAAGCAUACUGCUCGCCCCCUCUUUUCUGGCUGGUCUUGUAGAGGGUGGCCGGAGAGAAGGCUGGUCGACCGACUUUUCCUACCGGUUGUCGAUUUGUCCCAGGAUGAGGCAAUACGGUUGGCCUGUUGUACCCAAAUGUGCUCCGUGUCCGUAUGUACUAGUGUCAUUAAUGGUUGUUAUUUCCGUCGUUCGUCCUGCUUCGGUCGAGGAUUAGCACUAUCUUGGCGAUCACCCCGGAUACGGUCACCCUUGGAGCCGCCGGUCGGCUCACGAUGAUGUAAAUCGGGGCGUGGGAGAAUCCGCCGUGCUUCGCUGGCAUUCUAGAGCCGCCGGGCGGUAAGUGACUUUUCUUGAUCACUACCGCUAGUUAACUAAGGAUGAGUGAUUAUUAUCGAACGCCCUCGGAUGAUCAUGACGGUCCCCCAGCUCUUGAACGAUAGUUGAAUCCCACGGAAUCAAAUGU